ACCGACAGAGUCAGCAAAUCUGUAAGGGACAGUAGAAACUAGAAACUAGAGCAUAUUCUUCUUCUUGUUCUCCUAUUAGGGCCAGCUCCACCCUAUUCCCAUUCAGUUGCGGCCAUCGAUUUCCGACGACAACAAUCACAUUUGUUGGUUUUUGGAAGUUAAGAAAAUAGCGCGCCAUGGUGAAAGCAUACCGACAAGAACACGUUUACAAGCACCCGUGGGAGCGUGUAACGUCUGCAUCAUGGCGCAAGUUUGCUGACGCAGAGAACAAGCGCGUGUUAUCCCAUAUCCUAGAGGUUGACACGUUGAGUCAGAGCAUUGACCCUUCGUCCGGGAAGCUUUACACCACACGUGCCAUCACGGUCCAGUGUCCGUGGCUCGUGCGUAGGCUCAUUGGAGAGGAUAUCUGUCACUGUGUUGAAUCCACGGUUGUGGAUGCCCCUUCUCGCUCUAUGCAACAAGUCUACCGCAAUGUCAGCCUCCAGAAGUUCAUAGAGGUGGAGGAGAAGACCCGGUACGAUCCUCAUCCGGAUAACACCGCCGGGUGGACGGUUUGUCAGCAGGAGACUCGCAUCCGGAUCAAGCCGUUGUCGGCUCUGGCGUCCAUGGCGGAGAAGGUGGAGCAGCGGUGUGCUGACAGGUUCCUUCAGAAUAGUGCCAAGAGUAGGGAGGUCAUGGAGAGGAUCUGUAAAUAUCUUGAAGCAGAGUCUAGUUCCUUUUCCUUGUGAUAUACUGUCUUUCUCAUUUCAAUUUUAGGUUUCUGAAUCUUCAUCAGGCCCUCUUGACAUGGCUCUGUUAGAUCAAGAUUUCCUACAGUUUUAAUUACAAAAACUGCUGGAAUCUCAGCCAUUGAAUAUCAUUUGAAACAUGGUAAAUUCUUGAUUAAUACAGUAGUUAAGUUACUUUUAA